UCUUGAUAUAGCUAGCCAAUUAAGCUUUUUCUUGCAACUAGUGUCAAUGGCUGUGCCUAGGCCAUCAAAUUUUAUUAGUUUUCGGAUGAUUAUAGGUCUCUUGAUGGUGGUACCAGGGAUGGUAAUUCACCAAACUGAAGCAGCUCGAGCCUUCUUUGUGUUUGGUGAUUCACUUGUUGAUAGUGGCAACAACAACUAUCUAGCAACAACUGCUCGAGCUGAUUCUCCCCCUUACGGGAUCGAUUUUCCGACUCAUCGCGCCACCGGACGUUUCUCAAAUGGCCUCAACAUCCCAGACCUUAUCAGCGAGAGUAUUGGCGCAUCGGAACCACCAUUGCCGUACCUGAGCCCGGAUCUAAGAGGACGAAGACUACUUGUUGGAGCCAACUUUGCUUCUGCUGGAAUUGGGAUUCUCAAUGACACUGGAAUUCAAUUUCUAAACAUAAUCAGAAUGUAUAGACAAUUGGAGUACUUCCAGGAAUACCAGCAACGAGUCCGCGCUCUCAUCGGUGCUCAACAAACUACGCGUCUACUCGGCCAAGCACUCACCCUCAUCACUGUUGGUGGGAAUGAUUUUGUUAACAACUACUAUUUGGUACCUUACUCUGCAAGGUCACGCCAAUUCGCUCUGCCAGAUUAUGUCAAGUUCCUCAUCUCGGAGUACCAAAAGCUGUUGAUGAGUCUAUACAAACUGGGAGCGCAAAGGGUUCUGGUGACGGGGACUGGACCGAUGGGUUGUGUUCCGGCUGAAUUGGCUAUGAGAGGAACAAAUGGUGGAUGCUCAGCUGAACUUCAGAGAGCUGCAUCCUUGUUCAAUCCACAACUUGUUCAAAUGCUUAGAAAACUCAACAGAAAAUUAGGCAGAAAUGUCUUUAUUGGGGCAAAUACGGAGCGAAUGCAUACGGAUUUUGUCAGCAAUCCUACAGCAUUUGGGUUUGUUACAUCAAAGAUUGCUUGCUGUGGACAAGGACCAAACAAUGGACUUGGACUGUGUACUGUGGCAUCAAAUUUAUGCCCAAAUAGAAACAUAUAUGCAUUCUGGGAUCCAUUUCAUCCGUCUGAGAAGGCAAACAGAUUGAUUGUUCAACAGAUCAUGAGUGGCUCUACCAAAUACAUGUACCCCAUGAAUCUCAGUACCAUAAUGGCCUUGGAUUCCAUGACUACAUGAUUGAUCAUCAACUUCAAUCUCAUACUAUAAUAUUUUCCCUAUUUUUCAUCAAAUAAUUAAUGUAAUACACUUGAUGGUGUUUUGCUUUGUUUGUUUGUUAUUAUGAGAAGUUGCAAUUAUU